AUGUUUGCUCUGGACGGGCCGCCAGAUGUACCCGAUGUGGAGAAGCUCUUGUUUGCCUGCAAUGCCGUGAACGGGGAUACGGUUGUCGGGGGAGGCAAAGCGGGCCCGAUAACACGAGUGGAAUCGACGGAGACACGGACAGGGCCCGCCGACGGACGUGAGCCAUAUAUUCACGUUUCUCGGGGCGACGAAUUCGCCGACACAUUCGAUGCCUCGUUCUUCGCGAAGACGUUUCCCACGCUACUGCCGUUUGGGGUCGGGGGGCCACGGUUGGUGGAAGAAGCCGCCCUAAGCGUGGGAAGAGGUGUCGAUAUGGGCGGAGCAGAGGCGGCGGCACAAGACCUCGUCUCGUCCCGUAACAUGAGUCUGCGAACGUGGGCCGACAUCACGCUCCAGCGCCAUGGUGGCCGAUUUGCGACGCAUCACAUCUUUGCAUUCCUUGUAUUCAACAUGAGUGUACGGUCGAGGAACCGUCGCGUCAGCAUGUUGAGCGUAAGGAGGAAAGAUUUCCGCAAGAUAGAGCGCAUUGUACGGUCGCUCUCGGCAGACAGGUUAGCAGCGGCAAGGAUCGAGUUGGAGAACUCAGGAAAAACGAGUGACGAGGGUGUGAAGGAGCUUUUGAGAAGUCUUUCCUUGUACGGCUUCCGCCAGCCUAUGUCCAGAGAAAAUCGCUUGAGUAUGCGGCGGAAGAUACAGUCGCUUGUUCUUCGGCAUGGCGUGCCGGCGAUUUGGUUCACGCUCAAUCCAAAUGAUAUUACGAACCCGGUAAAGCUGCGACUUGCAGCAUACCGCACCAGCGAGCCUGACGUGGCCGAGGCUUUCCUGAAGAGCCUUGGCAUGUCGUACAAACGCCUGCGGCUGGCCAUUUCCGACCCCAUGAGCUCGGCCAUCUUCUUCCACCGGGAGAUGACGUUGUUCUUUGAGCAUUAUGUCAAAGUGGGAGAGGAGUCGGUAUUCGGGCGCAUCAUCGACUAUUUUGGUGCUGUCGAGACCAACGAACGAGGGGCGCUUCAUGUCCACGGUUUGCUUUGGUUGCAUGGGAACACGCACUUGAGUUCGAUGAUUGCCGAUAUCGACGGCGAAGACCAAGCAACGUACCGUGAACGUAUCAUCCAAUACAUAGAUAGUGUCUUCUCCGAGGACUUGGACCAGGAAGGGUAUUGCACCCUCCAAGCGGAACGGUCGGUGGCAUCGGACAUUUCCUCCCUGCUUGACAACAGGGAGCAAUUUUCGGCCGCAUUUGACGAGGAAGCGAAUUUCUGUGCCGGUGCGACACAGAUCCAUACUCAUAGCCCAACUUGUGUCAAGUACUCCUUGAGCAGGGGCAGAGGAGGAGGAAAGAAGCGUAGCAUUUGUCGAUUCCAGGCGCCAUGGAGACUAGUCGAAAGGACUGCCUUCACGGCAGACGGCGUGUUGCAAAUUCGAAGGAGGCAUAGCAUGGUGAAUCGGUGGAACAAGGCCAUGGCCGUGGGGCUUCGCCACAACCACGACAUCUCCUUCAUAGCGACGCAGCGGAAGACCAUGGCCCUCAUUUAUUAUGUCACAAAUUACGCGACGAAAGUGGAGGAUCCGGUGUGGAAGCGUGUGGCCGCCGCGGCAGAGCUCUUGGCCGCAUCAACGGGUGAAGGGACGGCCAACCGAUGGGGGAACGGGGGAGAAGGUGCUACCGAUGACGCCGUCAAGGGGAACAGGACGCGGCAGUUCUUGAUGAGGGUGGCGAACCGCAUAUUCACGGAGCGAUCUCUAUCGCAGGUCGAAGUCAUCGCCUACCUUCUGGGAUACCCGACCGAGUUCACCAACAGCAGCGAUUGGACGUUCCUAAAUGUCUCUCUGCUCUACUGGCACGUCUUCCGACGAUGGCGACACCUCCGGAAAGAGAGCGGGGCAGAGGCUGCAGACGAUUCUGUGGACGAGUCGAUAGUUGUGGAAGAAGCAGGUGAGAGGAUUAGCUAUGCUGAGGCAUACCAGCACCGGGGAGACGUUUUGCGAAGCCUGUGUCUAUAUGACUACGUGUCGCUCGUCAGACUCAAACGAGUCAGUAAAGAUGAGAUCGCUGCCGCUUGGGGAGAGGUGCCAUUCGAGAGCGAGUGGGAGUCUGGAAGAGGCUGGUUGCAGGUGCUGAGACGGCCGGGAAAGCACGCUAGCGUCUGCCUUGAUGGCUACCUGAGCAAGGAUUUCGACCAGGAUGACGAAGAGUCGUGCUAUCGAAGAGCAGCCGUCCAGCACCUUGCGCUAUUUGUGCCAUGGGAGUCUUUUCUGUGCCGAGAAACGGACGAGAUCAACAGCAUUUGGGCGCGGGCUCGAGAGGCACUUCCUCCGAGAAUAUCAUGCCUCGUCGAUAAUGUGCAACUACUCCGACGGUCGGCCGAAGACGCGAAACGCGACGCCAGGCAAUGGGCAGCCUCAGCCGGUGACGCUGACUUCACGGCCGCACGUGCCGGUGAGGAAGGAGAAGGCGAGGCUGGUGGUGAAGAGGUCGCAUCGGUUUACCAGUCUGACAGCAUCGGUGACGCAACGCGUCUGAUUGACGUCGUGAGAAGUGCAGUGGGCGCCAACCAAAUCACUGCCGGCUCGCCGGAGCUCAUAGCAACAAUGGAGCAGCUGUGUCGCUUCCAGCAGUCAGCACUGAGCUCGACCGCUGAGCUCCAGGCCACCGUAAUGCCCGAACGGGGAGAAAGACGGAUAAGCAUACCAGAAGGGAGAUUUUCGGGGACCGUUAUACCACCGCAGGAUCAGGUCAAGGCCAUCAAGUCGCAGCAGAUCCGUGCCUCCAGAGAGAGGGAGCGAAUGAUCCAGGGCAUACAAAAUAUGGCCGCGGCGGAUAAAACUGACCACAGUGCGGCGGUGCGAAGUGUGCUCACUGGUUUCGGAGAGGACGACGUCCAAAUGACGGCAGUCGACUUGGAAGAGACGGCAGGCGAGGCAGGAGAGGCAGGUCCGCGCAUGGAAGUCGACUUUGGUGCAUCAACGUCCUUCCUUGAGGCAGGUAAGGCUGUGGCAGCGCGGUUCACAUUGAACAAGAGGCAGACAAUCGCCUUCCUGAUCAUAUGCCGCCAGCUCGAUUCGAUACAAUGUAGCGGCAGAGACGAUGUCGGUCAGCUCUGCGAAUUUGUUGGAGGAGAAGGUGGAACCGGCAAGUCACGAGUCAUCGAAGCACUCGUCGAGCUCUUCGCAUCAAAAGGUAUUUCGAACCGUCUGCUGAUAACGGCGACGUCGGGGACUGCCGCAGCGCAGAUCAACGGCAUCACGAUCCACUCCGCCUGCGGGUUCACCAAGGACCAAGCGGCGGGGGGCGCGAACACGGCCAAGGAUCUCGACGGGGUGCGACUGCCAAAACAGGCCGAACGAUUUGUCCAUGGCCAGUCUCGUAUGGCCUGGCAGGAGAAAGACGUGCUAGUGAUCGACGAGUUCCGUCCGGUACAAGAGAGGUCGAUCCUGCUGCCGAGCGUGGCCGUCUCGUGGGACGAAGACAACUCGUUCAAAGCCGAGCAGCGGCACCAGCAUGACAAGGCGCAUGAGGAAUUGCAGAGACUGCUAAAGCGGAUCCGAUCGGGCGUGCAGGACCGCACCGAUUUGGACCUCCUCAACUCGAGAUGCUACCGGGAAGGCAGGCGGAUCCCGUGGGAAACAGGCAUCACCGUGGUGACGCCGCUGAACAGGAAUCGGUGGAACCUGAACAUGGAGGCAACCUUGUCGUUCCAGAUCCAGCAGCGGUCGAUGAUGCGCAUCUUCAUAUCCGAGCAUAAGUGGAAGGACGGUCUGCCGACCGAGGAAGCAGCCACCAUGAUGCUGAACCAGGGCGACGACAGCACGGUACCAGUACCAGGCGUCCUCAUGUUCGUGCCAGGGAUGCCCGUCGUCGUGAACCACAAUACCCAUCAGGGCUUGAAGCUUGUCAAUGGGGCCAGUUACACGGCGCUUGACGUCAUCCUCGACAAGGCGCACCCGGGCCAUCGGAUCUCGGCCGAUACGAUGGUCCACUUCGGGCCGCCGGCGGGGAUAAUAUUGGCGUCGGAGGCGACAAAGAACUUCCACUUCGUCGGAAUGCCGCCCGGCACGGUCCUGUUGAUACCCAUGAGCGUCAGCAUCCAAUGCCAGCGAAAGCGGCCGUGGCAGCAGAACGACGUCAGUCGGAAAGGUUUGCCUUGUACGGCGGCCUUCGCCUGCACAGACUACAAGGUGCAGAGCAGAACGCUGGAGCGCGUAGCGCUGGAGCUGCGGGGGAUGAGGACGACAAAUGUCGACGGACACAUAGUCCCCGCGCAAUGCGAUCCGUACAGCCUGUACGUGCAGCUAUCGCGGUGCCGGUCGCUGGACGGCAUCAUGCUCAUCUCCAAGGUGCGGGAACGAGAUCUGGUGGGCAACCGGGUUCCCCACGAGAUGACCGUGGCAGAGGCCAGACUGGAGGAAUUGAGCAACAAGACUGUUCAGGAGGCUCUGCGGUGGCUGGAUGACGAUUUUCCCCCGUCACGCGACGACCAAACGGAACCAAUGAGAGGCGAGGAAACCGACCAAUGA